AUGGCAGUCCCCGUAGGCCCGCGCGGCUCAGAGACCGAGCGGCUCCUGACACCCAGCCCUGGAUAUGGGACCCAAACAGGGACUUCCCCAGCCCCUUCAACCCCUCCAGAAGAGGAAGAUCUCCGUCGCCGUCUCAAGUACUUCUUCAUGAGCCCCUGUGAUAAAUUCCGGGCCAAGGGUCGCAAACCUUUCAAGCUUAUGCUGCAGGUGGUGAAGAUCUUGGUGGUCACCGUGCAGCUCAUCCUGUUUGGGCUCAGCAACCAGCUGGCGGUGACAUUCCGGGAGGAGAACACCAUUGCUUUCCGGCACCUCUUCCUACUGGGCUACACGGAUGGGGCAGAUGACACGUUCGCAGCCUACACGCGGGAACAGCUAUACCAGGCCAUCUUCUAUGCUGUGGACCAGUACCUGAUGCUCCCAGACGUGUCCCUGGGCCGGUAUGCCUAUGUGCGGGGCGGGGGCGGCCCCUGGGCCAACGGCUCAGCCCUGGCCCUCUGCCAGUGCUACUACCACCGGGGACACGUGGACCCAGCCAACGACACAUUUGACAUUGAUCCAAUGGUCGUCACGGACUGUAUCCGGGUGGACCCCCCUGAGAGACCCCCCGUCCCCCCCAGUGAUGAUCUCUCCCUCUCGGAUGGCAGCGCCAGUUACAGGAACCUCACGCUCAAAUUCCACAAGCUGAUCAACGUCACCAUCCACUUCCAGCUGAAGACCAUUAACCUCCAGAGCCUGAUCAACAAUGAAAUCCCAGACUGCUACACCUUCAGUAUCCUGAUCACAUUUGACAAUAAGGCACACAGUGGGCGUGUCCCCAUCAGCCUAGAGACCCAGGCCCACAUCCAGGAGUGUAAGCACCCCAGCGUCUUUGGCCAUGGAGACAACAGCUUCCGGCUCCUGUUUGACGUGGUUGUGAUCCUCACCUGUGCCUUCUCCUUCCUGCUGUGUGCCCGCUCACUGCUCCGAGGCUUCCUCCUGCAGAAUGAAUUUGUCAGGUUCAUGUGGCGACGGCGGGGACAGGUCAUCAGCCUGUGGGAGCGGUUGGAAUUUGUCAAUGGCUGGUACAUCCUGCUGGUCACCAGCGACAUGCUCACCAUCUCGGGCACCAUCAUGAAGAUUGGCAUCGAAGCCAAGAACCUGGCAAGCUACGACGUCUGCAGCAUCCUCCUGGGCACCUCUACUCUGCUAGUCUGGGUUGGAGUCAUCCGCUACUUGACCUUCUUCCAUAAGUACAAUAUCCUCAUUGCCACGCUGCGGGUGGCCCUGCCCAGCGUCAUGCGCUUCUGCUGCUGUGUGGCCGUCAUCUAUCUGGGCUACUGCUUCUGCGGCUGGAUCGUGUUGGGGCCCUACCACGUGAAGUUCCGCUCACUGUCCAUGGUGUCUGAGUGCCUGUUCUCGCUUAUCAACGGGGAUGACAUGUUCGUGACCUUCGCGGCCAUGCAGGCGCAGCAGAGCCGCAGCAGCCUGGUGUGGCUCUUCUCUCAGCUCUACCUGUACUCCUUCAUCAGCCUGUUCAUCUACAUGGUGCUCAGCCUCUUCAUCGCGCUCAUCACAGGCGCCUAUGACACCAUCAAGCACCCAGGCGGAGCGGGCGCAGAGGUGAGCGAGCUCCAGGCCUACAUCGCGCAGUGCCAGGACAGCCCCACCUCCGGCAAAUUCCGCCGCGGGAGCGGCUCCGCCUGCAGCCUCCUUUGCUGCUGUGGCAGGGACCCUUCGGAGGAGCAUUCGCUGCUGGUGAAUUGA